CACAGAAGAUGAAUCCUCAUUAUUAUUUAUCUUUUGGUUUCAUAUUUUUGCUUGGGGCUUUCAUUAACACCCUAGCACAAGAUAUAGUGUAUGAUUCAUCCGCUCCUACGGAGUGUAAACAAAAACCUGAUCCGCCACUUUAUGGAGGUGGAGUUCUAAAGGGACAGAAGGCUGAAGCUAGCAACCAAAUCGUCAAAAAUGGAUAUGGUUUUAACAUCCCCGUGCUUUCAUAUCCAUUGCCUAAUCUAUUACCAAACGUUUACUAUAGCUUGUCAAUGUGAAGCUACAGUGCUUGCUAAAGAAGGAUGCUGGACCUUUCUUAAGGGUGGAAUUUUCUUGAGUGAACCAUUGAAUGCAUCUUCCCUAUAUUUUCAGUCGCUAAAUGGGCAAAAUGUCGAAAUAGAGAUAACAAGUACUUCAUUGCAACCAUUCUCCCAUGAACAAUGGAGAGCAAAUCAAGAAGCCAUAAUAGAUAGGGAAAGGAAAGGCGAGAUUACUAUAACCGUUAGAGACCAGAAAGGCCUCCCAGUGAAAGGUGCAAUGGUCAAGGUGAAGCAAAUUUCUAGCGCAUUCCCCUUUGGAGCAGCAGUAUCAAGCAUGAUCAUCACCGACCCCCGCUACCAGGAGUGGUUCAAGAAAAGGUUUAGUGCUACAGUUUUUGAAAAUGAACUAAAGUGGCCGUCAAACGAGCCCCACCCAGGGACACUAAACUACAAUACUUCUGACCAAAUGGUAUAUUUUGUGACCAAAAAUAAAAUUAUGACCCGAGGACACAACGUGGUGUGGCAAGACCCUACGUUUGCCCCAUCAUGGGCUCGUAACCUCACAGGUCCGCAACUACAACAAGCAGUGGAUCGAAGAAUAAAUAGUGUGGUGGACAGAUAUCGAAACAAGUUCAUACAUUGGGACGUGAACAAUGAGUUGUUACACUAUGAUUUCUACGAGAAACGAUUGGGGAACCCUAACGCGUCUUUGGACUUCUACAAGAAGGUGCAAGCUAAAGACCCCGCGGCAAAAUUGUUUGUGAAUGAUUUCAAGGUGGUGGAAGAGUGCGGCAACACAACAAAUGUUGACUCCUUUGUUUACAAGAUCAUGGAGUUGAAGAAGAAUGGGAUUGUUGCCCCGGGGAUUGGGCUAGAGGGACACUUCAAUAUUCCCAACCCGCCAUACAUGAGAGCCGUGAUUGACAAACUUGCCACUCUUGGGGUCCCAAUAUGGCUCACCGAGGUUGACAUUUCCUCUAAAUACUCAAAGGAAGAGCAAGCAAUGUACUUGGAGAGAGUGUUGAGGGAAGGUUUUUCUCACCCGGGUGUCAAUGGAAUAAUUAUUUGGGCAGGCAUGAGCCAAAAAGGGUGCUGGAACAUGUGUCUCACGGACUUGGCCUUCAAUAACACCGUGGUGGGGGACGUUGUUGACAAGCUACUUAAAGAGUGGCACACCCAAAAGCUACGCGGAAUAACAGACACCAAUGGUUCAUUUUCCUUCAAAGGAUUCUUAGGGAAAUACAAGGUUACCGUCGUGCACAAUAAUUCACUCCUUAUUAAGGAAAAAGUUUCGCUUUCCAAAGGUAUUGGUCACCAACAUGUCAUCAUCCAAAUGUAAUCGCUUGCUUCCAGUUUAUAAUAAAUGAAAAUGUGUAAC